UGCUUCAUGAACAGUAUCUUGCAGUGCUUGCGACACACAAAGCCACUGGUCGACUUCUGCCUGAAUGGCAAAUACCGAAACGAGAUACAGGAAAAUAUAAAUUGUUCCUUUGUUGCCGCUUACACGAAACUGAUGAGAGUGACAUCAGGCACAUCACCGUACGUAUCACCGUGCGAAUUUAGGGAGCAUAUAACAAGACUUACCGAUAGAUACAAAGAUUACAGUCAGCAUGACGCCCAAGAAUUCCUGAUAUUCCUACUUGAAAUGUUACACUGCGACCUAAAACGUUUAAACGUAAGUGAAAUUGGUGGUGGUGGUGGGGCCGUUGUUGGCAUACCAAAAUCUAAAAAAGAGUCAGAAAUAUGGAACUUGUUUAAUAACAAGGAGGAGAGUGAGAUUAUAAAUAUUUUCGUUGGCAGCUUAGUAAGCUCACUCAAAUGCAGCAACUGCAAGACGAAAUCAAAAAGUUCCGAGCCGUUUCUAGAUCUCUCACUUCCCCUGGCGGAAAAUGACAAAAGUGAAAUGACUCUUAACGAUUGCCUGGCCUACUUUACUAAAGUUGAAGUCUUAAAUGGCGACAAUAAGCCGCUCUGUGAGCACUGCAAUUCGAAGCAGACUUUCCACAAGAAACUUCGGUUUGAAAAGUUCCCCCAAAUAUUAAUAUUGCAUUUGAAGCGGUUCUCGAUAGCUGAAAAACAGGAAAAUUUGAUCAAGUUUCCACUAAAGAAAUUGAACCUAACGAAAUUUGCUGCAAGUAAAUCUUGUCCAGUUCUGUAUGAUUUAUACGCUGUGUCCAAUCACAUGGGCAGUUUAAAUAAAGGUCACUAUACGGCAUGCGCAAAAAGUGAUGUGACGUCACUGUGGAACGAAUAUAAUGAUUCCAGGUUGACUCGGAUUGAUGAGAGCCAAGUUGUUACCUCAAAUGCCUACAUACUUUUUUACGAAAGAAUUCUAUGA